UUCCGUCAUAAAGUCCUUUGCGAAAGAGUUUGACCAAGAUGGCGUCAACGCAGCUAACCGACGAGGAUAUUUUCUCCGAAUUGAAGCGCUUUGGUUUCACUCCCGGACCGGUGACCGAAAGAACUCGACCGGUGUACUUGAAGAAACUGAAGAAGCUUCGGGAGGAGCGGCAGCAGCAGCGAGGGGUUCGAGCCGCCAAAACCCGCAGCGGCGACGGGGCCAUCAACAUCAACACGGCGGGAUUCGGGCCAGCCAGUCGUGACGUCACGCACCUGAGCUCCAGCAGGAGACCCGGCCGGAAGUCGACCGUUCUCGGGUUCAGCUCGGACGAGUCUGACGCUGAAACUCCGCUGAAAAGAAGCGACGGGGGACCGAAACAACAAGCGAAAAAGCCCGCUGAAACACCGUGUGUUAAAAGUCGACAUGGCGCUGGGAGUACACUGAACAAUUCUCCAGACGAGGUGUCGUCGAGUUGGGGACUCGGUGUUAAAUCUUGCCCGGAAGCGGAUGGAAGGGAUUAUGGCGACUCUGAAGACGAAUUUGACGGCGGGGAAGAGAAGUCCCCUCGCUCUUUAAAUGGCAGCAGGGCGUCACACUUAAACAGCAGCAAGCUAGCCGGGAAUUACUCAGACUCGGACGAGGAGGGGAUUUGGGGCCUUGGUGGAGACAGACAGCGGGGUAGUCUGGAACCCAGACGGGGCCACGCAAAGGCGGGUUCCUUACCCCACGUCAUCGCCCGUGGGUCUCACUCGCCCGGGGGUGUAAAUAUGGUGGGGAGACGUCGGGAAGAAGACGAAGGAGACACCGCAAAGAGAAGGGACUCCAUGAGAAAGACUAUCUACGUGUCCCUCUCCGAGAACCACAGAGGAGAUGUAGACAAAAACCACCACGCCGACGAGGAGAAUAGUAACCCAAGUCGGUUCAGCAUCGGCCUUAGACCGCGUUUUUCCACCUACAGCAGCCUGGCCCAGACCUACAGGGCCAACCACUCCAACCAUAACUCCCCCAACCACUCUUACAGCCCCCCGUUGCUGAAGGAGAAGCCACCCACUGCACCGGAGGAUGACAUUUUCCAGCAGUUCAAAAGGGAAGAGGUGGCGGCCCCAAGCAGCUUCACCGCCCACUACCUGUCCAUGUUCCUGUUGACCGCAGCCUGCCUCUUUUUUCUCCUCCUGGGCCUCAUGUACCUCCGGAUGAGAGGUACUGGGUCACCGGAAGUGGACGGAGUCGUUAAGAAUCACCCUUUUGGCAGUGAGUUUGAUGAUACAUAUGAUAAGCCUGUGAGGGACCUCAUCUUGAAGUUGCUUCUCAAUCUCCACGACCAUCUGGCACACAUUGCUGGCCGACAUGACUGUGGAGAUCAGCAGUAUCCAAACAGAAGUCUGUCCAUAGCUGAGGCCUCUGCAUAUUUGAUGGCUCAAAAUGAGGAGUUUGAAGAUUUAAUCUACUCAUCGCUUGAGUGGAUCAACCGGACAUGCCAAGAUGUUGGCAUAAGGCUUAUUGGGCAGGUAGCGGAUGAGCCCAUGACUGAUGUGUCGGAAAUCUCUCGGCUGGAGUCGACACAUCCAAAGAUGCCCUUCACGUGCCGCUUCCGCCGAGCUUUCUUCACAGUCAUCAGCAGAGUCUUCCUCUUUGUGGCUGUGGUUGGCGGUGUGUGGGGUCUGGUCUGCUACGUCAAGUAUCACUGGAAGAAAGAGGAGGAAGAAACCAGGCAGAUGUACCACAUGGUGGAGAGGAUCAUUGAUGUGCUAAGGAGCCAUAAUGAGGCAUGCCAAGAGAACCAAGACCUUCAACCCUACUUGCCCAUACCCCAUGUCAGAGACUCCCUUGUCCAACCUCAGGACCGGAAGAAAAUGAAGAGGAUUUGGGAGCGUGCUGUGAGCUUUCUGUCUGCGAACGAAUCCAGAAUCCGAACAGAGAGUCAAAUAAUUGGGGGGGCCGACUAUCUUGUCUGGAGGUGGAUCCAACCGUCUCUCAGUUGCGACAAGACCACCUCAAUCCCCUCAAAAGUCUGGCAGGGGAAAGCCUUCCCUCUGGACCGCAGGAAUUCCCCUCCAAACAGCCUAACCCCGUGCCUGAAGAUCAGGAACAUGUUUGACCCAGUCAUGGAGGUUGGAGAGAACUGGGAUCUCGCCAUCCACGAGGCCAUCCUGGAGAAAUGCAACGAUAACAAUGGCAUCGUCCACAUUGCGGUCGACAAGAACUCGCGAGAGGGCUGCGUCUAUGUGAAGUGCCUCUCUGCAGAACACUCAGGGAAAGCCUUCAAGGCACUCCAUGGCUCUUGGUUUGAUGGUAAGCUGGUGACAGUGAAAUACCUGCGCCUGGACCGGUACCACCAGCGCUUCCCUCAGGCUCAGGCCUGCAGCACACCCCUGACGGCCUCCAGCCUCCACACCAAUGCCACAAGCACCACGAACACUACGCCCGGUCUCCAGCCCCGCUGCUCGAGCGACUCCUCAGGCUUCUCGUGAGAUGAAUUUUUGCAGUUUUUUGUUGCUCGACGUGGAGGACUAAAGUCUGCCAUGGGAGAGACC